UGGGCCAGGCGGGCUACUGUCACUGACCACUUUCAGACCUCGUUACAGGCACCCGAUGAAGACAUCAUUUCAUGUUGGGUUGGCGAGUGGCGUGUGUCCCCCCUCCGUCAAGUUCUGUCCUUUGUAGAUCUACACUACAGUAGUACAGACUCAUCGCUGAAGUCUGUGUGUGCAUAGAAGCACAGGGAGGAUAUUUCUCUGGCACAUUUCCUUGAGUGUUGUAGUGUGUCAUCCUCUACUAGGUGAGCAGUGCUUCUUGUCUGGACUAGUUGUGCGCCUCUCUUUGUCAAUCUUCGUUUCUCUUGGCCGGCAAGAUGAUCGAGCUAGCGAUGUGGGCCAACAUCCAGGCGGAGUAUGCUGGUUACGCCAUUCUAGUAUCGGGUAUUCUCGGCAUCUCUAUUCCCUUCCGUGAUAAUGAGUUCGCAAUCUACGCCAUUGCGGCAUCAGUGUUCAUAGUACUGUUUGAGUAUCCACGCAGCAAGCGUUCCAAGGGCAGUAAUGUGCCACGACCGCAUCAAGAGUACCUUGCGCCCAUUGUAUAUGGGUUGGGGUUUCUUGGCCGAAACUACUUUGUCCGCUUCGUCCUAUACCUGUUGAUGGCCAUACCACUGUUCUUCUUCUUGCCCACUAUGCUGGCCGGCAUCUUCCUCUUCUGUGCCAGCGUCACGUACUUUGCUGCUGCGUUGCGUGGUGAGCAGUGGUCACCCGUCAAGCUGGCAUGGGGCAAAGGCAAGUCGCGCCAGGAGGCCAAUCAGCGGGGUCGCGUCAUCCAACCACCGGCUGGUGCACCGCCUCGACGUCCUCCGCAGUAAACAGCAAGCCUCUCUCUCUCUCUCUCUCUCUCUCUCUCUCGUCUUGGAUCUGCUCUCUGCACCGCAAGUGUGCUAGUGAAGGUCCCAUCUUGUAUCUUGAGCCAGCAUGUUGACUCUUCCCCCGUAUAUCAGAAGCAUUACUCUUUUUUCCCAUUGCACCACAUGGAUCAUUGGAUGGUCUAAUACUGCAGCUGUUGGCAUGUGGAGACACUCACAUAAAGACCAGCUACUAGUGCUAGUAUGCAAUCUGCUUUCUCCACGUGCCUCAAAGCACCAUGGUGCCAUGGUGCUUCUCCGUCACGUCUUCUCUAGUAUGCAUUGCAAGUUUAUCCUUCGUUGAUACGCCGCCGUACUCACACCCAAGACUCAUGCCCAUCUAUGUCAGACUGUAUAGCCCCUCACAUAUUUAGUUCAUUUCCCUAGUAUUGUGGUAAGUAAAGUUGCUGGCAGCUUUUAGAACUGUACAAAUCUUCAUAUUCAGAAAUCUUUCUACUCAACCAGAUAGCAUUGCACUGGUAGUUCUAUUAAUUUUCGUACCUCUCCUUUGAACCCUGUAGUUUAUCUUUUAUGAUCAUGUUUAUAAGUAUUUAGCGUAGUGCUCUUUUUUUGUUUUAGAUGGUUUUUAGCUUUCAGAUUUGGAUUUCACGGAGAUUAGUUUAUAGCUUUUUUUAUUGUUCUUUUUUUUAGACUUGUAGCGAACACAUGACUUUUUCGUGACUUGCGACAUUAUUCACUUCUUCAUUCGAUGUGGCUUGCCGUACUCUUGCCGUUGACUUGUUCGAAUCUCAA